GUUUUUUUUUUUCUCCCCUUUUUCUAUCGCUCUCUCACUUCUCUCUUGCUCCUUCGAAGAAUCGAAACCCUUGGCCAAGCUCUCGUCAAUCUUCUCCAGAUCGAAUGGCAAAAGUUGAUGCAGAUCUCCCGCCGAAGGGUGGGUUCAGCUUCGAUUUGUGUCGGAGGAAUGAAAUGCUUGUGAAGAAAGGAGUCACUCUCCCAGGCUUCAGGAAGACUGGAACUACCAUUGUGGGUUUGGUUUUUCAGGAUGGUGUUGUUCUUGGAGCCGAUACUAGGGCAACUGAAGGACCAAUAGUUGCUGAUAAGAAUUGUGAGAAGAUUCACUAUAUGGCACCAAAUAUAUAUUGUUGUGGUGCAGGAACUGCUGCUGACACUGAGGCAGUAACAGAUAUGGUCAGCUCUCAGCUACAGCUGCACCGCUAUUCAACAGGACGAGAAUCAAGGGUUGUUACUGCCCUUACCCUUUUGAAGUCUCACCUUUUCAGCUAUCAAGGUUACGUAAGUGCUGCACUGGUCCUUGGUGGAGUUGAUGUUACAGGACCUCAUCUUCAUACAGUCUAUCCUCAUGGUUCCACUGAUACACUUCCAUUUGCAACAAUGGGCUCUGGAUCUCUAGCCGCGAUGGCAGUAUUUGAGUCAAAAUACAGAGAAGGGCUUACUAGAGAGGAGGGAAUAAACCUGGUGGCUGAGGCAAUAUGCUCCGGCAUAUUCAAUGAUUUAGGCAGUGGCAGCAAUGUUGAUGUUUGUGUGAUAACAAAGGGCAAAACCGAGUAUUUGAGGAAUCAUCUUUUACCAAAUCCAAGGACCUAUGUGAGUUCAAAAGGCUACUCAUUUGUCAAGGGGCACACUGAGGUUCUGUCCACCAAGAUCAUUCCACUGACAGAGAAGGAGAAGGUGGAAGUAGCAGCAGAAGGUGAUGCCAUGGAAGAGUGAGGAAAUCUCUGUAUGGAAAAGCAGCCAGGCCGGUUGGUUCUUACACUUCUCAACUUGAAAAAACUGUCGAAUUUAGAAUUUCAUCAUUCCUGUCUUGUUACAUCUCAAACAAGCUCCGAAAGAACAUCAUAUUAUUGAUUUAAGGUCUCUGAUCUGUGUGACUUGGCCAUCUAUUCUGUUUUGAGAUGCUAAAAAUUGAUUUCUUUGAGGAAUUAUAAUGAGUGUUUUUAUUGGUUUUA